UAUAUAUAGAGAGCAAUAGGGGAAAGUGAGAUCAAAUUACACACAGAAAGAACACAAAAAAGAUGGGUGUGAAAAGAACAUCAUCGUUGGUUUUGUACAUUCUCUUUGUCUCCCUUCUUCUGCAGCAUUUUCAUGCCGUGAGUUCAUCACGAGAUUCACGACCUUCCUCAGUUGGUACGAACCACGAGGCUCUUCCUUUGAAUGACGACUCAUUAAAGUCAGACGUUGUUGGGUUGGAAGGAAAGGCUCGGGAAUUAGCUGUCGUCAUCAAAAAAGGAGGCGGUGGUGGAGGAAGUCGCGGCGGUGGAAGCACGGGAGGUGGCAGGAGUAAAAGCCCUAGCCUGUCAGGUUGGAUUCCGGUUCGUACGGGUAGUGCUGGAUCGGUAGGGUCGCAUAGAUCAAGCGGCAAUAGGAAUCUUCAAGGAACAGCGCGUGCGGUCGGUUGGUUCGCUUUAUCGGUGUUAACCGGUUUAUUCUUGGUUCUGUAGUUGCCAGAGUAUUUGUUUGCCAUUUAUUUUAUUGAUUUAAUAACGUUUACAUUUGAUGUGCGAUCUGGUCUGGUCUGAAAUUUAUUUGGGCCAACUGUAAGUAAGGUCUGCAUUGUAAAUUUAUUGUAGAAAGCAAUCCUAAGCUUGAUGUGGAUUCUUCUACUAGUAUUGUGAUUUUUUUUUUUUUUAGUAUAGCGUUUGUAAAGGGCGAUAUUGUGUAGUUUUAAACUUAAAUAUAUUAAACGCGCGUAUAUAACCUC